AUGAACUGGAUGGGCAGCCAGCUGCGGCGUCAUUCGGCUGUCAGACCGGGAGCAUUGACCAGAUCUCAGCGACAGAACCUCGUCAGGUCCCGGCUGAAAGCGUCCAGCACCUCCCAAGUGGCACGUCCACCAAGCCCAUUCCAGUGGGAAAGCUUUGCUUCGAGAGAGGAUCGAGACAAGGCCAAGGCAGACCUGAGACCGAAGUCAGUGGUCAAUUGCUUCGAGUUCAUGGAGGGUUUAGCCAAGGAGUCUGUCCCUCCGUCACCAGCAUCAAAGACCAAUCAUCUGGAAGGGAUCAAGCGCCAGCUCCUCCAGAAAUGUGACUGGGCCACCAUAUCGACCGCUUGUCCUUUGAACAUCGCCUUCGCUCCAGUCGAAGAAACAGAGAGGUUUGGAAAGCGACGAAGACUGAACGACCACGAUAAGAGGCGACUGAAUACUCAUGGACACGGAGCGGAUCUCAGGCUGACCCACUCCGACCAAGAACGGACCAAAUGUACUCUCCUCAAUGUGGACGCUGGGGAUAUCCAUAUCCGAAUCAAUGGUCGUUCCACCGGUCUCCAGUCCAGUAACAGCCAAGGCAAUAAUGGCUCAUCCCAGUCAAUGCUUUUUGAUUGCGAGGAAUCUGCCCCUCCAGGCAGGGAAAAGGGGGCCAUCUACACUAACCGUUUGUCGCUGAGAUCGAACACGAGGUCCUUCCAGUCUCACAAAUCAUUGCCGCCUCCCCCUCGGCGAGCCGCUCUGGCUCAAUUUCCUGACAAACAUCUCUCUGUGCAAACCUCGCAGGAGACUUCAGAUGACUCCGACAUACGAAAUCAAGUAGCAGGUGAGCAAAAUGACGCAACGGGAUCUCGGCCGUCGACUGUCGACCGCUCGGGCUCCGUUUCCUCCGUCCCGAGGGGACCCAGGCAUUUCACAAUUGAGGACCAAUUCCUCGCGGAGCGGAUGGGUUGCAGCGUCGGCCUGGUGGCUCAGCAGCGACCCAACACCGCGAUCGAAACUCGGUCGAGUCAGCAUGACCAAUAUUCACCUCUCAGUCCCACGGAGGCGGAACGAAGAGGGCCGGGUUGGUUUGGGAAGCCCCGCAAUGCCAUCGAACGAGCCACACACCCAAGCCGUCGCGAUUGGCGUUUCUCAAGAGAUAUCAGCCCAGAUGCCGACACAGCGCAUGUCCUACGCGCAUCGGGCUCCCAAGUUCCUGGGGCAGAUGCAAUCCGAGGGGGCGAUACUUCUCUACUGAGGAUCUUCGGACAGGAAGUCGCCUUGGACGGCAAGCUGACUACCAGGAAAAACCACGAACGAGCGUGUGGUCCGCCCGAAAGUCCCCCGUGGCGUCCCAACGCCCCCCGUAGGCCCACGGUGUUUGGCCAGCACUUUUCGCUGCCAUCUUCAUCGCCGGACCCGCUUCUCUAA